CAUCGGAUCAGUCAAUGAAUUCCGGAUGCACGGAGACUGUGCAACUCAAUCCCAGUACCCGUUCAUUUAAGAUAGAAACGGAGAGUCCACUGGUCGUCAUGUUUCUUUUUCAGCUGUAUAGUCGGCUUGUUCAAACAAAUAUCCGUCUCUUGUUGCCUCUGAUGGUUUCUGCUAUUUCUGUUCCGAGACCUGAAAAGGUUCCUCCCUCUUUGAAGACUCGUUUCAUUGAACUGAAGGGUGCGCAGGUUAAGAUUGAUACAAGAAAACCAUACUCACAGGCCGAGUUAGAUGAGGUGCGAGUUGAGUUGGUUGAGUUUUUAGGUUCGUACAUAUGAUCUAGGAUUUAUUUGUCAUCUCUGAAACAGGAAACUUUAU